AUGAAACGAGCAGCAUUGAUUGAGAAGGAAUGGAUUCUCAACAAACCAAUCGAAGAUUUUGUUCUCAAAGAAGUCCGCGAGCUAACAUUCAAUCGAGCCCGUGGCCUCAUCGCCCUUUUCAAAGAAGGCUGUGAAACAGCUUAUAUUGCUAGAUAUAGAGAGGAUGUUCACGGUGGACUUUCUCCUGAAAAGAUUCGGAAAGCGAAAGACACCUACUUAGCUGCAGUUCACUUGAAUUCAAAGGUUGCUUCAUCCAUCACAACAAUAACUGGAAAACUAACAGGACUUGAUGAGAAAAGAGCAGUUACGGAGAGAUUAAAAGGAUGCGACGAUAUGGAAGAGGUAUCAGAUAUCACGAAGGAGUUCGCCCCAGGAUCUCGAAAGACCAAAGCAAACAUUGCAAGAGGUCUUGGUCUUGAAGGUCCAGCACUGAAAGUUCUCAAUGGAGAGUUUGUCGACUUCUGCAGCUUGAUAACCAGAGAGAUGAAAACUGUGAGAGACGUUGAGGAGAACAUGAAGGCGUUGGUAGCAGAUUUGAUCAACAAAGACGAAGAAGUGAGGAAAAUCGCAUUGAAAAUCGUUAAGCUGCAAACCAACGUGAGAAUGACGGUGACUUCGAAACUGACAAGAGAGGUUGAAAAGAAAAUUGAAACGGAAGCUGUCAAAAAGGUCCGCGAACGAUACAGAGAAGUUAUCGGAUUGACACGAACCGCCUAUCACAUCAUGUCUCAUACCGUCUCAGCUUUGAAUAGAGGUUCCGAAGAAGGAGUUAUCGCAUGGAAAGUGGAACUCAAUCCAAGUGAUGUCACGAAAAUGCACCCUUUUCAAAAGAAGACGGUGCACCGCAACAUGCAAAACUUUUUCCAAAGCGCAUAUUUUUAUUCCAUUAAUACCUACACCGUUCCGAUGUUGGAAAGAGGAGUAAAAAGAUUUCUGUCAAAAUCAUCCGAAGAACGAUCAAUCACCGUUUUUGGAAGGAACGUUGAACAAAUGUUCUCCCAAAAAGGUGUUCAUUCCAAAUAUGUAAUUGCUCUCGAUCCGGGAAGUAUUGUGAAAGCUGCAUUUCUGGAACCCAAUGGAAAAGUCAUUGAUAUGGAUCAAUUUUCUUUCUCGUUCCGUGCUCCCACAUUCGAUAGCCGUGGAAUCGAAAUUCUGAAAAAUUGGGCAAAACAAACUAUGGGAAAGGAUAUUGUCGUUGCAGUCGGCAACGGAAGUAAUACAUAUGGAACACAAACUGCAGUUUCCACAAUGAUUCAAAAUGAAGCGUUUCCGAAGGAAAUCGAUGUCUGUUUCUGUGUUGUGCCCGAACAUGGAGCUUCAAAAUAUAGCUGCACCGAUGCUGCACGCGAGGAAUUCGGUGAAGACGUCGAUAUUAAGUUAAUUUCUGCAGUUUCUAUCGGAAGAAGGCUGAUCGACCCGAUGUCGGAAUAUGUGAAAAUCGAGCCGCAGCAUCUAGGAAAAGGACAAUAUCAGCUAUCAAUUAAUGAGAAAUCGUUGAAAGGGAAACUGGUGGAUGUUGUGCGUGAUAGAGUAUCACUCAUAGGCGUAGACCUGAACUUAGCUAGCGAAGCGCUACUCAGGAACAUUUGCGGACUCAAUUCGACUACAGCAGCUGAAAUUGUUAAAUACAGAAUGCAGAAGGGGCGGUUCAAGUCGAGAGCAGAAUUGAAAAAAGUCAAAGGAAUAGGAGAUGUUUCAUUUCAACAGUGUUCUGGAUUUUUGACUGUCUCUCGACCGGACGAGUUAGACCAACCUGCGAAAAAACGAUUCAAGACUCCAGAUGGCGUAGCUGGGUGGUCGCCUCUAGAUACGACGACGGUUCAUCCAGAUCAUUACGGAAUCGCUUUGAAACUGAUUAGCAAACUGAAUCUAACUGUUGAGCAGAUCGUAUCGGGAGCUGACAUUUCUUUUACAAAUUUGACACCAGAAGAAGAAGAAAUCAUCAAACUUUUGCGAGACAAGCCGGAUCUGAAGCCUCCACCUGUCAUGAUGGUACUUGCUGUUUCGAUUCCUCUCAAUACUUGUUUUUUUUUUCAGAAAAAAUGUCGUGCCUUGAAAAAUCUCCGAGUCAAUGAAGUAUUCCUCGGAACGGUCACCAACACAGUGAGCUCAUUCUCGGAAGCGUAUUUAACGAUAACCGAUUUUGGAGUGUUCGUCGACAUAGGUGUUGAGAAGGACGGACUGGUACAUAUCAGCAAUUAUCGAAAAAAUAAUGAACAACCGAAAACGAAGAGCAGCAAUAACAAAAAUGCGCCAAAGUCAAAUACUUUUGUCAACAAAAAUGAUCCAGAAGCAGAUUUUAAAAAUGUACCGUCAGUAGGAGAUCAAAUUGAAGUAAUUAUUCAAGGAAUCAAGGGCGAUAGGAUUUCACUAGUGCCUAUCAAGGAACCUAAACCUCAGAGCUCUUCAUUUGCAUCCGGAAGUCGUUGA